AUGUUUCAGCUUUGGAAGCUUGUUCUCUUGUGCGGUCUGCUCACGGGGACCUCAGCACUUCUUGUUGGCAAUGUCGUUGGGAAUCUUCUAAAUGAUGUUUUGAACACGCUGACAGGUCUUCUUCGGAACUUUGACAGUACGCUUCAAUCUAUUCUUCAGCAAGUGACGCCCAAUUUGGAUGCGCUCCAGGGACCCAGGUCUUGGGGAAAUGCCCUGCAGAUGAUGCAGGACUUUAAGAACUGGUUGGAAGAUAUCCUUUCUAAAAUUUUCCAAUUAGUGGCUCAGGCGACAGGGUUGGAUAUCAGGAACGUCCGCAUCCUGGAUAUCACAUUCCAAGCGGCUCCGGAUGACAAAUCUGCUAGCCUGAGUAUCAACAUCGCUGCUGACAUCAGCCUCAGCGUGCCUCUGUUGGGCAAGGUUGUCGACCUGGGCCUCAAACUGAACCCUCAAGGGAGUGUCAGCAUUGAAACCGACCCCACGACUGGAGCCUCCAAAGUGGUCAUGAGACAAUGCACCAUCAACCCAGACAGCAUCUCACUCACCGUGCUGGACAGACGCACUGGACUGCUCAACACAGCCGUGGACAAUCUGGUCAGCCUCGUGAGACAGCUGGUGUCCCUUGUAGCGCAAAACGUGGUGUGCCCAGUGCUCCAGAUCCUCUUCAGCCUCCUGGAUCCGAAUUUGGCUCAGGAAAUCAUCCGUAAGUCACAGCCUGGGGAAGCGGGGGGCUCCCUCUGCAGCCUUCCAAGGGCAGAUAUGCCCCUCUACGACUGA